CUUCCCUUCACCUGCGGAUUCCCUUUCGUCUUAACGUCCACCUACCCUCUCCUCCACAUCUUGCUUCACGGUGAUAUUUACCUGUUGGUUUAUCUCUUGUGUACACACGUCUAGUGUUCAUACCAGCGACCUCCCAACGACCAGCUCCAUAGCAAUAUUCUGACUCACCUCACCCGCCGUUCACCGUAAAAUUUGGUCAGUGACUUCCAGCGCACAAUGAGGGCGUCGGGCGCACAGAUCGCCGACCUUCCCCUCAUCGAGGAGACUGUCGACGUCUCGACGAGUGGCUACUACGAUGUGGAGCGGGAUGUCUCGUCAUGGGGCAACUCCCAACCCGCCAAACAGGGUCUGUAUGAUCCAGACAACGAGAAGGACUCAUGUGGUGUCGGCUUCAUCUGCCACAUCAAAGGUCAAGCAAACCACAAGAUCGUUUCCGAUGCGCGGCAACUGCUGUGCGCCAUGACACACAGAGGUGCGACCGGUGCGGACUCGCGCGACGGCGACGGCGCGGGUGUCAUGACUGGUAUUCCCCACGAGUUCUUCCAGCGCGAGGGUGAGCGAGACAUCGGUUGCACACUGCCUGAACCAGGCCAGUAUGCAGUCGGCAACGUCUUCCUCAACCCGUCCGACGAGGAAGAGCGCGAGAAGCAGAAGGGUGUGUUCGAGAAGUUUUCUGACGAGCUGGGGUUGCGAGUGUUGGGUUGGCGUGAGGUCCCUACCGACGGGACCAUCCUAGGCCCCGCCUCUGGGUCUAAGGAGCCUGCUAUCCUCCAACCCUUCGUCGUCGUCAAGGAGCACUAUGGUGAGGGCAAGACGUGUGCGAAUGGCCCGUUUGACGAGAAGGCGUUUGAGCGGCAAUUGUAUAUCCUGCGCAAGCAUGCGACUCACGAGAUUCAAUUGGCAAACUGGUUCUAUGUCUGCUCGCUCAGCACAAAGAACAUUGUAUACAAGGGCCAAUUUUCCCCGCCACAGGUAUUCGACUACUAUCACGACCUCAACCAUGUCCUCUACAAGUCCCAUUUCGCCCUCGUCCAUUCGCGCUUUUCGACCAACACCUUCCCUUCCUGGGAUCGCGCUCAACCAAUGCGCUUUGCAGCCCACAAUGGUGAGAUCAACACGGUACGUGGAAAUAAGAAUUGGAUGCACGCCCGUGAGGGUGUGAUCAAGUCGCCCUUAUUCGGGGACCAGAUCGAUCUUCUGUACCCGAUUAUCGAAGAGGGUGGUUCUGACUCCGCUGCAUUCGAUAAUGUUCUGGAAUUACUUACCGUCAACGGCACUCUCACGCUCCCCGAGGCAAUCAUGAUGCUCGUUCCGGAGGCAUGGCAGGACAAUGACCUCAUGGAGGCGGAAAAGAAGGCAUUCUACAACUGGGCAGCUUGUCUCCAGGAACCAUGGGAUGGUCCCGCUCUCUUCGCAUUCUCCGAUGGCCGCUACUGUGGUGCCAACCUCGAUCGUAAUGGCCUUCGUCCCUGCCGGUAUGUCGUUACUAACGAGGACAUUAUGGUAUGCGCCUCUGAGGUUGGCGCCGUCUAUCUCGAACCCGAGAAGGUCAUCCAGAAGGGUCGGUUGAAGCCUGGUCGCAUGCUCCUCGUUGACACCAAAGAGGGGCGCAUCGUCGAUGACAAGGAGCUUAAGAUGAAGACUGCCAAGAAGCAAAACUUCGGCAGCUGGAUCGAGAACCAGAUGCUCCUUGUGCCCAAUAUUCUCAAGCGCGUGCGGCGCACAAUGUCGAUCGACCCUGUCAUUGAUGAAACCCCCCUCAGUUCGGACCCCAAGUUGCUCGCAUUUGGAUAUACUGUCGAACAACUCAACCUCCUCAUGUUGCCCAUGCUGGCUGAUGGGAAGGAGGCCCUUGGCUCGAUGGGUAACGACGCAUCGCUGGCCUGCAUUGGCACGCAGCCGCGUCUCCUCUUCGAGUAUUUCAAGCAGCUUUUCGCCCAGGUGACCAACCCGCCGAUCGACCCCAUCCGUGAGAGCAUCGUCAUGUCUCUCGAGUCGUACGUUGGCCCGGAAGGGAACUUGCUUGAGAUGCGCCAGGAACAAUGCCACCGUAUCCUCCUCCCCUCCCCGCUCAUCUCAAUCGAGGAGAUGAACGCAAUGAAGAACAUCAGCAAGGCCUACCCUAAGUGGCGCGCCCAAACCAUCGACAUCACUUUCGCCAAGUCUGAGGGCCUGCCCGGCUACGAGCAUGCUAUCGAGCGCAUCUGUGUAGAGGCGACCAAGGCCAUCGAAGAGGGCUACAAGAUCAUCGUCCUCUCCGACCGUGCGAUCGGACCAAAUCGCGUCCCGCUGUCCGCACUUAUCGCUUGUGGUGCGGUACACCACCACCUUGUGCGCUCACGUACGCGAGCACAGGUCGCUCUCAUGAUCGAAACCGGUGAGGCGCGUGAGGUUCAUCAUCUUUGCGUCCUCGUUGGAUAUGGUGCAGAUGCCAUUUGUCCGUACCAGAUCAUGGAGGUCAUUCACAAGGUGGCGCGCGAGGGGUUGAUCAAGGGCGACUUGACCAAGGAGCAGCUGCUUGAGAACUACCACCACGCUACGGAUAACGGCAUCCUCAAGGUCAUGUCCAAGAUGGGUAUCUCUACACUGCAGUCAUACAAGGGUGCACAGAUCUUCGAGGCGCUUGGUCUCCACAGCGAGGUUGUCGACCGCUGCUUCACUGGUACCGCUAGCCGUGUCCAGGGCGCGACCUUCGAGCUUCUUGCGAUGGAUGCUUUCGAGUACCACGAACGGGGCUGGCCUACGCGGGAGACAACUAUUCCCCCUGGUAUGCCUGAGGCUGGCGAGUACCACUGGCGCGACGGUGGCGAGAACCACGUCAAUGAUCCUGUUGGCAUCGCCAACCUGCAGGACGCUGUGCGCGAGAAGAACCAGGGUGCUUACGAUGCAUACUCUCGCAAUGCGCGUGAGCAGAUUAAGAACAUCACCCUGAGAGGUAUGCUGGAGUUCAAGUUCGAGAAGACGACACCUAUUCCGAUCGAGCAGGUGGAGCCGUGGAACGAGAUCGUCCGUCGCUUCGUUACUGGUGCCAUGUCCUACGGCUCCAUCUCAAUGGAGUCUCAUUCUGCACUUGCUGUUGCGAUGAACCGCCUGGGUGGAAAGUCGAACACUGGUGAGGGCGGAGAGGAUGCAGAGCGCUCUCAGGUGCUCCACAAUGGUGACACGAUGCGUUCUGCGAUCAAGCAGGUCGCCUCCGGCCGUUUCGGUGUCACUUCGAACUACCUCGCUGACUCCGAUGAGCUCCAGAUCAAGAUGGCGCAAGGAGCGAAGCCCGGCGAGGGUGGUGAGCUGCCCGGCCACAAGGUUUCCAACUCUAUCGCGCGCACGCGUCACUCGACCGCCGGUGUCGGUCUCAUCUCUCCUCCUCCGCACCACGACAUCUAUUCCAUUGAGGAUUUGAAGCAACUCAUUUACGAUCUGAAAUGUUCUAACCCUCGUGCACGUGUUUCAGUGAAGCUUGUUUCCGAGGUGGGCGUCGGCAUCGUCGCAUCUGGUGUCGCAAAGGCAAAGGCCGACCACAUCCUUAUUUCCGGCCAUGAUGGUGGCACUGGUGCCUCUCGAUGGACUGGAAUUCGCUAUGCUGGUCUUCCCUGGGAACUGGGUCUGUCCGAGACCCACCAGACCCUCGUGCUCAACGACUUGCGUGGGCGUGUAACUGUCCAGACUGAUGGCCAGUUGCGUACCGGUCGCGAUGUGGCUAUUGCUUGCUUGCUAGGUGCAGAGGAGUGGGGCUUUGCCACAACGCCAUUGAUUGCCAUGGGUUGCAUCAUGAUGCGGAAGUGUCACUUGAACACUUGUCCAGUUGGUAUUGCCACUCAAGACCCAGCUCUACGAGCCAAGUUUGCUGGUCAGCCUGAACAGGUCAUCAACUUUUUCUAUUACAUUGCCGAGGAGUUGCGCAGUAUCAUGGCCAAACUUGGAUUCCGGACUAUCAACGAGAUGGUGGGUCGCUCGGACAUGCUAAAGGUGGACGAGUCCCUUCGCACGACAAAGACAAAACACCUGGAUCUUUCGCCGAUCCUCAAGCCAGCGUGGCAAAUGCGCCCCGGUGCGGCGACUUAUCGUGUGCGUCAACAGGAUCACAAGCUCUACGUACGGCUUGACAACAAAUUCAUUGACGAGGCUGAACCUGCCAUCACAAACGGCCUUCCUGUGCGGAUUGACUGCGACGUUGUCAAUACCGAUCGUGCAUUAGGUACUACUCUGUCGUACAGGGUAUCCAAGGUGUACGGUGAGGAGGGACUGCCCAAGGAUACCAUCCACAUCAACAUGAAAGGCUCCGCCGGGCAGUCAUGUGGUGCAUUCCUUGCUCCUGGUAUCACAAUCGAGCUGGAGGGCGAUUCAAACGAUUAUGUCGGAAAGGGUCUUUCCGGUGGACGCCUUAUUGUUUACCCACCCAAACAGUCGACCUUCAAGGCUGAGGAGAACAUCAUUAUCGGCAACGUAUGCUUAUAUGGCGCUACGUCAGGCGAGGCGUUCAUCCGAGGUGUAGCAGCAGAACGUUUCGCGGUGCGCAACUCGGGUGCGAAUGCGGUGGUCGAGGGCUGCGGCGACCAUGGCUGCGAGUACAUGACAGGCGGUCGUGUUGUAGUUCUUGGCACCACUGGCCGGAACUUCGCUGCUGGUAUGAGUGGAGGUAUCGCCUAUGUCCUAGACAUGGCGCAUACCUUCGCAUCAAAAGUCAAUAUGGAGAUGGUUGAACUCGGGAAGGUGAAGGAUCCUCGUGAGGUUGCUCAGCUCCGCAGCCUUAUUGAAGACCACCGUCACUACACUGGUUCUGAGGUUGCAGACCGCGUCCUUGCCGACUUCCACCAUCUGCUUCCUCUUUUCGUUCGUGUCAUGCCGCUUGAUUACAAGCGCGUGCUUGACGAGCAGGAGGCAAAGGCCAAGGAAGAGAGGAAGAAGCAAAGUUGGAUUGACCUUGUUCCUUCUCACACCGCGAGUCAGGUUGACCUUGCAUCCGAAACACUUGAGGACGUCCUUGUUCCCAAAGAGUCCCUGGCUGACGCCCUGAACUCCGCGCAUCUCCCUGCCUACUCUCCGCCUCGCAAACCACACGAACCAUCUGUCCAGGAUCUCGAGGAUGCUUUGGUCGACGAAGCCACUACCAAGGAGCGUGUCGCCAAGCUUGAUAAGACCCGAGGCUUCAUGAAGUACAAACGUCUUGGCGAGGCAUAUCGUCCGCCUCGUAGGCGUGUCAAGGACUGGAAGGAGCUAUCAGUUCGGUUGAACGAAAACGAGCUGAAAUACCAAUCCGCUCGCUGCAUGGACUGCGGUGUUCCUUUCUGCCAAUCUGAUACUGGGUGUCCGGUCUCCAACAUCAUCCCCAAGUGGAACGACCUGGUCUUUAAGGGGCAAUGGCGUGAUGCUCUCAACAGGUUGCUAAUGACGAACAACUUCCCAGAAUUCACCGGCCGUGUUUGUCCUGCUCCUUGCGAAGGUGCUUGCGUUUUGGGCAUCAACGAAACGCCUGUUGGAAUCAAGAGUAUCGAGUGUGCUAUCAUUGACAAAGGCUUCGAAAUGGGCUGGAUGGAACCCAACCCGCCGAACUUCCGAACAGGCAAGAAGAUCGCUAUUAUUGGCUCUGGCCCCUCUGGGCUCGCCUGUGCCGACCAGCUGAACAAAGCAGGGCACCAUGUUACCGUAUAUGAUCGCAACGAUCGCAUUGGUGGUUUGCUUAUGUACGGUAUCCCCAACAUGAAGCUUGACAAAGCUAUCGUCCAGCGCAGAGUAGAUUUGAUGGCAGCGGAGGGUGUCACUUUCGUCACGAAUGCCGACGUCGGUGUUAACGUGAGCGCCGAGAAGAUCAAAGAUGAGAAUGAUGUUGUUGUUAUUUGCACUGGUGCUACAUGGCCUCGUGACCUGAAGAUCCCCAACCGGGAUGCUGAUGGCAUUCACUUUGCCAUGGAGUACUUGCAACUCAAUACUCAAUCCCUGCUUGACUCCAACUUGGAGGACAGCAGGUGCAUCAACGCCAAGGGCAAAGAUGUCAUUGUCAUUGGUGGCGGUGAUACGGGUAACGAUUGUAUUGGCACUGCUAUGCGUCACGGUGCCAAAUCGGUCACCAACUUCGAGCUGCUGCCGAAGCCUCCUGCAUCCCGUGGCCGUGAUAACCCAUGGCCACAAUGGCCUCGCAUCUUCCGCACGGACUAUGGCCACACAGAAGUAGCUGCUCACUUCGGCAAUGAUCCUCGCGAGUACUGCAUCUCCACCAAAGACUUCGUGGUUGGCGAGCAUGGCAAACUGACGGGUCUGAAUACUGUACGCGUAGAGUGGAGCAAGGAUAGCUCCGGACGGUGGAAGAUGGAGGAGGUUCCUGAUUCGCAGAAGUAUUUCCCAGCGCAACUUGUUUUCCUCGCACUCGGUUUCCUUGGUCCAGAGCAAGCGCUCGUCAAUUCUCUCGCCCUGAAAACAGAUGCGCGGUCCAAUAUCUCUACACCGCAGAAGAAGUACUCUACAAGUGUGCCUGGUGUCUUCGCGGCCGGUGACUGCCGUCGGGGCCAGUCCCUCAUUGUGUGGGGUAUCAACGAGGGUCGUGGGGCGGCAGCCGAAGUGGAUGCAUACCUGAUGAGCGAUAGCACGAGGUUACCAAGCGCAGGCGGGAUCCCGCGCAGAUUUUGGAAUAGCUCACAGCUGGCGCCUGUGGACAAGGCCUUCCCAGUCCCUGUUCCCACAGCGGCGUGAACAGAUACUUUGAAUUGAAUGUAUAUAGACCCUAUUGUUUGCACGUACAACUCUCAUCAACUUCCAAUGCCAAUGAACAU